CUAGGAGUGGGAGGAACAAGUCUGUAGCGAUCCUUCGGGCUUUGUUACGUCUGGGAAGCCAUUUUGGAAUUCUACAGUUGUGGCUGUGAAUUUUACGCACUGGGCAACUUGUAAACUUUUACCUUUGCUUUCUGGGAACACACCGUGCAUGGGGGUGGAGGCAGUCAGAGGUUCGGAUCGUCUGGCCCACUCCCACCGCCCAGUCCCACGAGUGACGCGCCUGGUUGCUGAAAGAAGCGAGCGCAUCUUUACUGCCUGUAAUGACAUAGUGCGACAGGCUAACGCUCAAAAGAACAUUAGUGUAAGGCAGACGGGAUCGCAAUAUAACAGCACGGGCAAGUGGAAGUGACUUGUGAUAUUAUAGGCUUCAUGCGACCUUUCUCUUAAAACCAUCACGUAUUCUGCCGGAUGUUUAAUUAAGGAAUGAACUCUCUUCUUCAAAAGUCGUUGUGAUUGCGAAGUGAACCAAGGCCUGGCGUUUUAAUCACGUUAUAUGUGCUUUCUGUCGAUUGUUACGUGCGCUCUUUUUCGUGCACUGAUUUUUGGACAAUGAAUUGAGACGCGCCUGCGGGGUGGUUAUACAAUGCUAACAUUUUGAGUCUGAUUGAGGAAUGACCAUGGAUUAUUCUCACCUCCACACCUACACCCCUCCGCAAUGUGCUCCGAAGAACACGGGCUAUACCUAUUCCCUCAGCUCCAGCUACUCGUCAGCGGCGCUCGACUUCGAGAAGGAGCACAGGAUCGCCGCCGUGUUCGACUCGCCCAAAAUGUCGCGCCGGAGCCUGCGCCUGCACACCGCGGGCGCUCACUAUGGCGACGACAGCCCGGCGGACUCCUCCUUCAACCACAGCGUCGCCUACAGUGCCAGCGGGGUCGGCCGGAGGGAGUCCAAGACCCUGCGGAGCCGGAGGCAGGAGCGGUCUGCGACGGGCUCUCAGUCUCUGCUCCACACCCCGCGCAAGCCGCAGUCCAGCGCCACGCUGCACGGCCACGGCAGCCUGCACAGCUGCACGGCCAGCGACGCCUCGCUGCUGUCCUCCCUGCUGGACGAGUCGAGCAUUCAGGAGCGCACCGUGGUCGACAGCUUCUGGGGCUUGGAUGAUGAUACAGAUCUCAAAGAGCAAAGCAUGAGGGCAGACCGCAGCAUGACCCUGCUGAACGGAGAGUUCAACAUGGCGCAGGCACAGACGCAGACCACCGUGCUCAACGGCUACGUCUGCAGGGACUGCACCAUCCACUCCGAGAGGAAGGACGCUCUCACGGCGUACCCGUCCUCUUCCUCGCUGCGUCGCUCCGCCUCCGGAGACGCGGCGGCCGCUCCCAGCUCCCCGCCCUCCUCCACCGUCUACUACAGGGACAAGAGCCGGAAGCACAAGUCAGGGUUCCUGGUGUCACUGUCAGACACCUGCGUGCGAUACAGCCGGAGAGUGGCCGUUUCCAUAGCGUCUUUAAUGACACUGCUGGUGCAGAAUGUUCUGCUGAAGAUCCGCACAGAAGGCAAAGGUGUCCUGCCCUCGCUCUCGGACUCCUGCCUCCGCUGCUGCAGGAGGGUGGCCGCCACCGCGGCGUCCCUGGUGACACUGCUGGCGCAGAAAGCUCGGCUGACGACACGCCAGAAAGGCAGAGCGCUCGGUGACCGAGCCCACUCCAGUUACUGCGGAAGCAUGAACGUAAAGGACCUGGUGACGGAUGGCGGACACCUGAGUUUGAACGGGUCGCUGUGUGACGACUGCAAAGGGAAACAGCACUUGGAGAAGCUGGCGGUCCACGCGCAGCCCUCCCGGGCACGCCGCCUGGUGGGGGCGCUGUGGCGUGUUGUUGCUUUCACAGGCUACUGUCUGCUCCAGGCGGUGCGAUCGGUGGGAUCUGCUGGUUGGUCUGUGACCCGUGCCUUGCUGUCGGUUCUGUGGUUGGCCGCAGUGUCUCCAGGGAAGGCAGCCGCCGGGGUGUUCUGGUGGCUGGGGACAGGAUGGUACCACUUGGUCACUCUCAUAUCUCUGCUCAACGUCUUCAUUCUGACCCGGUGUCUCCCUAAACUCUACAAACUCCUGCUUUUCCUGUUCCUGUUCCUUCUGCUUCUGGGCUUGUGGUACUGGGGUCCGUCCACCCUGCUGGGCUACCUCCCUGCCGUCAACCUGACAGAGUGGAGGGCGUCCUCAUCCCUCCCCUGGGCCCUGACCCCGCUGUCAACGGAGCAGGUCAGCAAAGGGCAGGGUCACCCGGGUCACACAGCUCCAACACCGGCUCUGUCACAGCGCGCAGGCGCGGCGGUCUCCGUCGACACAGAGCGGCUGUCCCGGCUGGAGGAGCGGCUGGCCCUGCUGCUGGACAGCGUGCAGCGGGGCGGGCGGCUGCAGGAGCAGCAGCACGGGGAGGUGCUGGGCCUCUACGGCUCCCUCCGGGAGCAGCUGGACAGACAGACGGACAGGGACAGCCUGGGGCUGUGGGUCUCCGGCCUGCUGGACCAGAGGCUGACCCUUCUGAGGGGUGAGCUGCAGCAGGACGCUGCCCGCAGGGAGGAGGGCCAGGAGCAGUAUGUCGCGCAGCAGCGGAGUCACGAGUCCCGCCUGGCUGAGCUGGAGACGCUGCUGCAGGCCCUGGCGGCCAAGACCGAGGAGGUUCAGCAGAGGCAAGAGAUGGCCCCACCGGCGUCAGUGAGUGCGGGUGUGGACAGCGCGGAGCACAGCACCCUUCUGGGAGAGGUGCAGAGGCUGGAGGCGGAGCUUGGCCGCAUCAGGCAGGACUUGCAGGGUGUAAUCGGCUGCAGGGGAAAGUGUGAGCAGCUUGACGGUCUCCAGGACACGGUGUCUGCGCAGGUGAGGCGGGAGCUGCGGGCGCUGUUCUACGGGGCGGAGCGGGCGGAGGAGGGGGCGGAGCUGCCCGAGCCGCUGCUGCAGUGGCUGUCCGCGCAGUUCGCGCGCGGCUCCGACCUGCAGGCCUCCCUGGCCUCCCUGGAGCAGCGCAUCUUGAACAACCUCACCCUGCAGGUGGAGCGGGGCCGGCAGCCGCCCUGCGUCCAGGCCGUGACGGAGACCGUGGCGCGCGCCACCGAGGCAGCUGGGAUGACGGAGGAGCACGUGCAGCUGAUUGUGCAGAACGCUCUGAGACUGUACUCCCACGACCGGACGGGGCUGGUGGACUACGCCCUUGAGUCUGGAGGUGGCAGCAUCCUGAGCACCCGCUGCUCGGAGACCUACGAGACGAAGACGGCGCUCAUGAGCCUCUUCGGCGUUCCCCUCUGGUACUUCUCCCAGUCGCCUCGCGUCGUCAUACAGCCUGACGUCCACCCUGGGAACUGUUGGGCAUUCAAGGGCUCCCAAGGGUACCUGGUGAUCCGGCUGUCACUGAGUGUCCUCCCCUCUGCCUUCUCCCUGGAGCACAUCCCCAAAUCCCUGUCCCCUACCGGCAACAUAAGCAGCGCCCCUCGUCAGUUCAGUGUCUAUGGUCUGGAUGAUGAAAACCAGGAGGAGGGCAAACUGCUGGGCCAGUACACCUACCAGGAGGACAGGGAAUCGCUGCAGACCUUCCCUGUCUCGGAGGAGAAUGACCAGGCCUACCAGAUCAUCGAGAUGCGGGUGCUUUCCAACUGGGGACACCCAGAGUACACCUGCCUGUACCGCUUCCGGGUGCACGGGGAGCCCAGCCGCAAAUGAGGCGCAAGGCCCUCCCCUGCGUUCGCACUGCCAGAUUUGCGCAUAUUUAUAUUUCAUUCACAUCUUUCCCCUGAAGGGCAGGAGCAAAUGGUGGACAUUGCAGAGGGGUUGGGGAGGGAUGGAUGCAGGGGGCAGGAGGGUGUUGGGGAAAACCACAUGAUAGUGGAACAUGAAGCCACUUUUUUUUUUUGUUUGUUUGUUUUAACUUAACGAGUGAUAAGAAGUUGCUCUCCAAGCCCAGCAUUUGACUUGUGCACUGAAACACAGAUCCAGGACAGAGCCUGGACACAUCGACGGGAGACCGUUCCAGAACACAGUGCUUGACCCCACAGCACCGCCCACCUGGUCUACCCCACACCACACCGCAGCUGUGUGGUUUUCGCAUGUUCGCUUUUGAAACCUCUCCCGAGUGUUUGAAAUGGAUGGGUGUACAGACGACGAAAGCACUAACCCUCGGCUCCUCUCCGCCGGCUGUCUACAGUAAAGAGGAGACUCAGUGGCUGCUGAAGCAGGUCUGCACCUGCCUUGGCCACUUGGUCUAAAGCUAUUCCACUUUUUUGCCAGUUGACUUUUUGCUGACGUUGCUUUGCCCCCCAAUAUGUGGAACAGCAAACGAGAAUGGGAGUCACAGGACAGACGUUGUGGCCUUCCGGUAUGCUUUAUAUUUAAAAUGCAUUCAUAAGAAGUCGGAUCGCACCCCUUCCAUGUUGGGGACAACACUCUUACAGAACCACCUGGGCAGUCAUUGAAUGUUUUGCUCCCGGAAUGGAUACUUCCCAUAUUGGUGCUUGUCAAUUUCACCACACUUUUUUUUAUUAAACUGUUACAACCACUGAUCUGAACUUCUCAAUAACUACAAUACGUAGCUGUGAGUACACUUGGCAACACCACGGGAUGGAUCUUGACACCAAGAUGCUAUAGCUUACACCUGUUCUACAUUACGACUCGGCUCUUAAUAGUGCUGUUUCGUUUGUGUUUUGAGCCAUCUCAACAAGAAAAGAGUGGAGGAAUUGAUGUACAUUGUGUUAAUAGUUUGUCUUUCAGUCCACUAAUAUCAGUGUUGCUUACAAAAACAGUACGCCCUGCCGUUACACAUUUUUGUUUUCACUGUCAGUUUGUUUUAAUUUUUUAACUAAGAAUUCAGAAGGAAGUACUGCUAUGACUCCUAAGAAAUGUAUAUUGCACAGGUCCUGACAAUUUGAUGAAAACAUUAGGCUGCCAGACUAAAUAAUUGUAAAGGUGAAAAAGCCCUCCUCUUUGAUUUAACCAUUUAUAGCUUAUCACGCUGCAAAGUGCCCUAUUGUAAAAACUCACAGAAAUUAACACUAUUUAUUUUUAAAUAAGUUACUGAAAAGAGAGGACUUGAUGCAAUAUAUUUUUGUAAAAAUGCUUUUCAAUCUAUUUUGUAAUUGUC